AUAAAUACAAGAUGGCGGCCAUUCAUUAUUGAUUGUUAAUGAACGCAACGUGCUAUUUUUGUGUUUGUAAACGAAAAAUAAGUAUACAGGAGGCGUAGAUUACUUUUACUAACAACAAAAUGGGUUCCAAAAAACAUAAGAAGGAAUCGAAAAAGAAGAAGCAUAGGAGUCGGUCCCGUUCGCCGCUGGAAAACGAGGAAGUUCGUGAACGUAAACGGCAUCGCAAACACAAGGAUCGCAAGCGAGACCGCUCCCCAGACGUUGAAGAGGUGCCAGUGGACUCGCACCUGAGCAAGGAGGCGGCACCUCGCUCCCAGAGCCGCAGCAGCAGUGAGGAGCGCGACCGACGCGCCAGGGAGCAGCACCGCGCACAGAAAGAUGAAGCUGACUACCGCAGUAGAGAGAAGAGCUCAGAAAGCGAACGCCGCACAGCUGAUCGCUCGCAGUCACCACCAUCCACAAGUGGUGGAGCACAAGAGAGCCUGUCCAUUGAGGAGACCAACAAACUACGUGCCAAGCUCGGCCUCAAGCCACUGGAGCGAGCUGAAAAGCCUGCAGAGGAUGGUAAAAUUAAAGACGAUCUCGGCGAAUUCUAUCACAAACCUGCAGCGAACAUAUCACAGCAGAAGAAAUCAGAAAAGAUACGAGAGAAGCUGGAGCUGCGUAAAGAGAAGAGGAAGAUUGAACAGAAAUUACAAACAACACUCCUGGCAGAAGAAUCUGAUGAGGACGAUGCUGCCGCCUGGGUGAAGCGUUCGCGGGAAAUCGACAAGCAAAAACGUGAAGCGGCUAAAAGGGCGGCGAUGCUGGACGAGAUGGACGCGGUGUUCGGCGUGUCGGCGCUGGUGGAGCAGGAGUCGCGCGAGGAGCGGCUGCGCAGCUACAGCCACGCGCAGCUGCGCGGCCUGCGCGUCGCGCACGACAUCGACGCCAUAGCGGACGAGCGCGAGGUGGUGCUGACGCUGGCCGACAAGGAGGUGCUGGCGGAGGACAACGAGGACGUGCUCGUCAACGUCAACAUCGUCGACGACGAGAGGACCAAGAAGAAUCUUCUGGAAGCGAAGAAGGCCCGCGCCGGGUACCGCGCGUACGACGACGAGGCGGAGCUGCAGGCCGCCGCGCUCGGCUUCCAGCGCCCCGUGCUCAGCAAGUAUGAUGACGAGAUACACAAGGACAGGGACGCCAAGACACGCGGCUUCCUCAUCGGAGACGACAGCGUCUUGGAAGCUAAGAAGUUCCGCGAUAUGAUGAGACAAGAGCGGCUGCAAGGCGGCGGUGACAAGCGGCUGGAGUCGCUGCAGCUGCCGGCGCUGCAGCUCGCCUGCGACUACCUGGACGAGCACGAGAUACAGGCUAAGUUCAAGAAGACCAAGAGGAAGGGCAAGAUACGCAAGAAGGCCAAACACGAGCCCAUUGAUGUGGACGACUAUGACGCUGCCACCGCGCCGCUGGACACUGAUGAUACAGAGGUGAAGCCGGAGCAGCUGACACAGCCGGCGGAGGUGGACGAGGAGGAGACGGAGCCCGACACCGAGCUGCAGGCCGCGCUGGCCCGCGCGCGCCGCCUGCGCCAGGCCGAGCUCGCCGAGGAGCAACAGUUCAAAGUGCCCAAGGUAGAGGAAAUCUUGGAGCGAGUGAAGGAGGAGGAGCCGGCCGAGGAGGGCUCGUCCAUGGUGCUGGACGCCACGGCCGAGUUCUGCCGCACGCUGGGCGACAUCCCCACGUACGGGCUCGCCGGCAACCGCGACCACCACGCCGAGAUCAUGGACUUUGAGCGCGAGGAUAUGGAGGUGGAGCCGGAGGUGGACCACAACGCCGGCGCCUGGAGCCGCGUCGAUGUCGACAACGAGAAGCCUGCUGACCUCGCUGCAGGGUCGUGCGUGGGGCUGGGGGCGGAGCCGGCGCUGGGCGCGGGCGUGUGGGGCGCGCUGCAGCUGGCGCUCAGCAAGGGCUACCUCGAGCGCGCCGGCGCCGCGCCCAUGCCCAGCUCCGCCGCCAAGCAUCUGCUCGCCGCCCGCCACUACUCCAUCGAGGACAAGACUUACGGUGAGGACGACAAGUACGGCCGGCGCGAGCGCGGCGGUCACUCGGGGCCGCUGCAAGACUUCCGCGAGAAGAACAACUUCCGACCGAACAUCAAGCUGGAGUACGUCGACGACGACGGCCGCCCGCUGUGCCCCAAGGAGGCCUUCCGCUACCUCUCGCACAAGUUCCACGGCAAGGGCCCCGGCAAGAACAAGCAGGAGAAGAGGAUCAAGAAGGCUGUGCAGGAGGGGCUGAUGAAAAAGAUGAGCUCGACGGACACUCCGCUGGGCACGCUGCAGAUGCUACAGGACAAGCAGCGCGAGACGCAGUCGCCGUACAUCGUGCUCAGCGGCGUCAAGCGCGACGCCAACAACUGAGAGACACACAUGCCGACACUGAACCACGAUGAACUAGCCUUAAGCGCAAUAAUCAUAAAUAACCUUGACACGUACAACUCGGAACACCAACACUUAUGAAUUGUUUGUAUAUUUUCGUAUUACCUGAUUUUGUGGCAAUAAAAACAUAUUAGAACUGUA